AUGACCUGCCCGGACGCCGAGGGCCACCCGGGUGCCAGGGUCCACCUAGAGACUAAGGCCCACCAGGGCUCUGUGGCCAACGAGGGCUUCAUGGCCAACGAGGGCUCCAUGGUCAACAAGGGCUUCAUGGCCAACGAGGGCUCCAUGGUCAACGAGGGCUUCAUGGCCAACGACGGCUCUGUGGCCAACGAUGGCUCCGUGGCCAACGAGGGCUUCAUGGUCAACGAGGGCUCCAUGGUCAACGAGAGCUCCGUGGCCAACAAGGGCUCCAUGGUCAACGAGAGCUCCAUGGCCAACGACAGCUCUGUGGCCAACGAGGGGCUCCAUGGCCAACGAGAGCUCCAUGGUCAACGAGAGCUCCAUGGCCAACGAGGGCUCUGUGGUCAACGAGGGCUCCACUCAAAGCUCCACCGAGGCUUCGUGGCCAACCAAGGCUCCCAGGGCCGCCUAGAGGCCGACGUCGAUGACGGCUCCACGGCCCGGUCAGACCUGAAGGUCCGCCAAGGCCCCACAGCCGAGCAAGGCUCCAAGGACGAUCUCGAGACCAAGGUCAACCGAGGCCCUGCAGCCUGUCCAGACCUGAAGGCCCGCCAAGGCUCUACGGCCACCCAAGCCUCCAAGGCCCAUCUGGAGAUCAAGGUCCACCAAAGCCCCAUGGCCCCCUUAGACCCGAAGGUCCGUGAAAGCUCAAUGGCCGACCACGGCCCCACAGCCCACCGAGGCUCCACGGCCCACCUAGAGACCAAGGUCAACCGAGACCCCCUGGCCCGUCUACUUCUGAAGGUCCAACAGGACUCUGCGGCCUACCAAGCCUCCAAGGACCACCUAGAGACCAAGGUCAACCACGGCCCCGUGGCCCGUUUAGAGACCAAGGUCAACCACGGCCCCGUGGCUUGUCUAGACUUGAAG